GCCGUAGUCCCCCGCAGCCCCCCCACGCAGGGGGCGGGGGCGCUGCCACCCAUUGGCUGAGGCCGAUACCACGCGCCCCGAUACCCGGCGCAGGAGCCACCUCCCUGAGCCCCGCGGACCACGCCUCAGUCCGCCUGCGCUCCUCAGCCUGACGGUCCACCUUUCGGGGCUCCUCAGCCUUGUCACCCGCCCUUGGUUUUCGUUUUCUCUUCAUCUUUGGCUCCUUUGACCACUCGAAGCCGCGCAGCGGGUUCCAGCGGACCUCACAGCAGCCCCAGAAGUGGUGCGCCAAGCACAGCCUCUGUUCCUCCUCGAGCCGGUCGGGAACUACUGCCUGCCGCCAUCAUGUCUACUGCAAAUCCUGAAACUCCAAACUCAACCAUCUCCAGAGAGGCCAGCACCCAGUCCUCAUCAGCUGCAACCAGCCAAGGCUAUAUUUUACCAGAAGGCAAAAUCAUGCCAAACACUGUUUUUGUUGGAGGAAUUGAUGUUAGGAUGGAUGAAACUGAGAUUAGAAGCUUCUUUGCUAGAUAUGGUUCAGUGAAAGAAGUGAAGAUAAUCACUGAUCGAACUGGUGUGUCCAAAGGCUAUGGAUUUGUUUCAUUUUUUAAUGACGUGGAUGUGCAGAAGAUAGUAGAAUCACAGAUAAAUUUCCAUGGUAAAAAGCUGAAGCUGGGCCCUGCAAUCAGGAAACAAAAUUUAUGUGCUUAUCAUGUGCAGCCACGUCCUUUGGUUUUUAAUCAUCCUCCUCCACCACAGUUUCAGAAUGUCUGGACUAAUCCAAGCACUGAAACUUACAUGCAGCCCCCAACCACGAUGAAUCCUGUAACUCAGUAUGUUCAGGCAUAUCCUACUUACCCAAAUUCACCAGUUCAGGUCAUCACUGGAUAUCAGUUGCCUGUAUAUAAUUACCAGAUGCCACCACAGUGGCCUGUUGGGGAGCAAAGGAGCUAUGUUGUACCUCCGGCUUAUUCAGCUGUUAACUACCACUGUAAUGAAGUUGAUCCAGGAGCUGAAGUUGUGCUAAAUGAAUGUUCAGUUCAUGAAGCUACUCCACCCUCUGGAAAUGGCCCACAAAAGAAAUCUGUGGACCGAAGCAUACAAACGGUGGUAUCUUGUCUGUUCAAUCCAGAGAACAGACUGAGAAACUCUGUUGUUACUCAAGAUGACCACUUCAAGGAUAAAAGAGUGCAUCACUUUAGAAGAAGUCGGGCAAUGCUUAAAUCUGUUUGAUCCUCCUGGCUAUCUAGUUACAUGGGAAGUUGCUGGUUUUGAAUAUUACGCUAAAAGUUUUCCACUAUUAUAGAAAUUCUGAAUUUUGGUAAAUCACACUCAAAACUUUGUGUAUAAGUUGUAUUAUUAGACUCUAGUUUUAUCUUAAACUGAAACUGUUCUUCAUUAGAUGUUUAUUUAGAAGCUGGUUCUGUGUUGAAAUAUAGUUGAAAGUAAAUAAUUGAGACUGAAAGAAACUUUAAGAUUUAUCUGCAAGGAUUUUUUAAAAAUUGGCAUUUUAAGUGUUUAAAAGCAAAUACUGAUUUUCAAAAAAAAUGUUUUUAAAAACCUAUUUUGAAAGGUCAGAAUUUUGUUGGUCUGAAUACAAGCAUUUCACUUCUCCAACAAGUACCUGUGAACAGUACAGUAUUUACAAUAUUGAGCUUUGCAUUUAUGAUUUGUCUAGAAAUUUACCACAAAAGCAAAAUUUUUAAAACUGCAUUUUUAAUCAGUGGAACUCAAUAUAUAUAGUUAGCUUUAUUGAAGUCUUCUUAUCUAAACCCAGCAAAACAGAUUCAAAGCAAACAGUCCAAUCAGUGGGUCAUAUGUUUAUUCAAAAUAUUUUAUCUUUUAUCUAGAAUCCACACAUAUAUAUCCUAUUUGAUUAGGAUAGUAAUUAGGAUAACUAAAAUUCUGGGCCUAAUUUUUUAAAGAAUCCAAGACAAACUAAACUUUACUAGGUACAUAAGCUUCUCAAUGAGUCACCAUUCUUCUUUUUUGUAAAAACUUUUUUCUUUGAAAUGCUAAACUUGGCUGUAUGUCAUAUUGUGCAAAAUAUUGGUAUUAAAGAAUGCUGCAACUUUUUUAUGUCACUUAGAGGUUAAUCAGAGUAUCUGAAGGGAAUUGUUUUUAUAAAAACAUUGAAAUAUUAGUUACUUGCUAUGAAUAGAUUUAGUCUGUUAUAUUUCCUUUUGUAAAGUAAAAUAUGUCCAGAAGAGUCAAAGUGUAGUUAGUUUUGGUAUUUCUAAACCACAAAAGUUGUUUAAUAAGUAUAUCUCAAGAAUGUGCUAGAGUUAAAAGUUAGCAUUGUUUCUAGAUUAGCUGGUGUCUUCAUUUUACAUUGUGACAAACAACUAGAGCACCAGAGCCCUUUUGCUAUACCCACAGUCUUUCUUUUCCAGCCUUUGUCACUAGUCUUUGAGGAGGUUUGCUCCUAGAACUGGUGAUAUAAAGAAUGAAAGUAGCUGUAUGAGGAGAGCAGUUCAAGCGCCAAACCCUGGAACGGUAGCAAUGGGAUAUAAUACCUUUCUAAGGGAAAAAGUUGUAUCAGUAUCAUUUGAUCUGCCAUGGGCAUGAGUUCAAAGCGGCUUUCUGGCCCUUCUUUCAAUGACUUCUUCCCUAAAACGUAGAGACUCUAACUUAAUGUAGUUACUAUGAGCCAUAUUACUAGUGCCCCCUAGGGUCUAUAAUUCCUCAAAAUGUUCAUUCUGAAUCUGAAGGAGAGAGUCUUUUAACUUUAGAAUUCCCAAGAGGGCUUUAUUACGCCUCAGAAAUUGAAAGCACCAUGAAUUUGUCCAUUUGAAAAUGAUCUGUAGUUUUUUUGGUGCUGUAACAUUCUGACACGUAUCAUUCUGUGAUUAAAUCUCCAGCUUACUAUAAAUGAUAUCUAUAUUCUAAAGAGCUACUUCUAAUUAUUUCAAUAUGACCUUAAGGAAAAGUAAGGGAAUAAAUUUUUGUCUUUGUUGGAGUGAAGUAUUUAAAAGAGUAAGGGUAAAAGAGAUGAAGUCCUGAACCUUUCAAAAUGGAAAAUUAAUUCUAAACUUAGAAAUAUGCUUCUGCCUAUUGCUGAUACUGUCUUUGCAUACAUGAAUAAAAAUAAACUUUUUUUCUUCAAAAA